AUGUCAACCAGUUAUUUGAAGUUGUCAUUAUUACUCAAAAAAUUGGUCGACGAGCCAAAUAUUCUGGGGUUCAAGGGUCCACGAAAAAUGACAGUGCUUAUGCCUCCUGUGAAGGAUGCUGUCGACCCCAAAGCAGCUAAUGAGGCGAGUUUUUUGUCACUUGACUUACCACUUCCGUCAAAAUGUGCUAUUGGGGGUUCGGAAUCAAGAAGCGCUCUCUCAGGUAUCAUAGAACUGCACAACAAGAAGCCCAUGUGGAAUGAAGAAACGCAGUCCUACGUGCUCAACUUCCACGGUCGUGUGACCCAGGCAUCGGUCAAAAACUUCCAACUGAUAGACAAUGGUGAUGAGUCGACUAUCCUCAUGCAAUUCGGACGCGUUGCUAGCGACAUCUUCACAAUGGACUACACAUACCCAUUGACAGCGCUGCAGGCCUUCGGCAUCGCCAUAUCCUCAUUGGCCGGAAAGUUGGCCUGCGAGUAG